GCCGGAAGCCGGAAGUACGCGGCGAAGGGAGGGCCCCGGUUGCGCGACGAGGCUGAUGCAAACGUUCUCAGAGUGAUAGCGUGGGGAUGUCACACCCGGGUGGAAGGUAGAAGAGCCAGGAGCAAUUUAGGACGCCGCUGAAAUCCCCAUCACCUCUUUGGAGCUCUCUCUGGGAGGAUGGACAGCUUGAGGGACCGGACGGUGGAGGAACUUCGGGAGCUGCAGGAAAAUGCAGAGGAGAUCGAACGCCUCGCGCUGGAAUCACAGGAGGUCCAGGAGCUGCAGCUGGAGCGGGAGAUGGCCCUGGCCUCCAACCGCAGCUUGGCCGAGCAGAACCUGAAGUUCCAGGGGCCGCUGGAGACGGGCCGCGCCGACCUCUCCAGCAAAUACGAGGAGCUGCAGAAGCUGGCUGAGCGCUGCAAAGAGCAAAAAGCCAAACUGGAGAAAUUCUCCGCAGCGAUGCAGCCUCAGACCCUGCUGGAUCUCCUGCAGGUGGAAAGCCAGAAGAUCGAAGAGGAGUCCGAGAAAAUGGCCGAGAAGUUCCUGGAGGGUGAAGUUCCCUUGGAGACGUUUCUGGAGGGCUUUUCUGGGAUGAGGAAAUUGCUAUUCCUGGUCUCCAUCCAGGGCCCCCCCUCAGCCCCCACAAUUUCCUGGCUCUCGCCCUACUCCUCCUCCUCCACCCCCCAGACCCGGGUACCCUCCCUAUUUCCCCCCCGGGGUGGGGAGACCGCAGUGUCCUUACCCAACCCAGCCCCCUCUCCCCAGUUUCCCAAUCCCCCCACAACCUCCCUAUCCUUCUGGGCCCCCCCCACCUUUUGGGUACCCCCCCCCUCCCAACCCUCAACGCCCCGCUUGGCCUGGCUACUAAAUCAGGACACCUGGGGGAGCAUCUUCAGCUUUUGGGGGACUGAGGAUGAGGAGCAAGUCGAGAAAAUUGCUCUUUGCCCCAUGGGGGUGAAGGAGAAGGGACAGUAGUGGCUCUGGGGGCCGGGGGGGGGUCAGCCAGGCUGAUGCCCCCCCCCCACCAUGGGCUGGAAUUCGGCGAGGAUGGCUGGGGGGAUGAAUUAGUGGCUUCCAAACGGGCUCAUCCAGGUUCCAGUGGGAAAGCCAGGUCGUAUUUUAGGUACUGGGGAACGCUCUGCACUGACUGUGACCCCCCCCACCCCAAAAAUCGUGACCCCCCCUACUCUUCACAUCUCUGUGUGUGCGUGAACGAGGGAGACGGCGCCGCGGGGGGGGACACACCUCACCUCCUCCCUGAUCUCUCCGUGUUUUUGGGCUGGAAUGGGAAAACUCUCCCAUCAGCUCUUCCCCACCUGCUCCAACUUCCCCCACGAGAGGUACCAAAG